AUGCCUGCAACAUGCACUUUGUCCGUCUCGAUUAUUACGAAUGCGAUGCGUAGCAUCUACCUCAGCAACGUUACCACGCAAUCGCCUAAACUUUGCUUGUCGUCCAAGAGUCAGCCAUGCCUUGCACGUCCUCGAUUCAAUACACAUCCUUUACGUGCGUCGUCCAGACGAUCGUUUGCAACCACAUCCAGAAAUGGCCAAUAUGUGCCAAUGACCUCGAGUGAGGAAGGCAUAGGCAAGAUUAAGACCAAGACCAAGACCAAGACCAACGUCGACGACGAUUUCGUACUCGAUAUAUUUCCCAAGGAACCCCCGCAAAAAGCAAAGAGCACCGACAAGUCGCAAAAGAAGGUAGCAGAAGGGGCCCGGAUUAAAACGUUCAAAGGGAAAAAGCCCGAAGGAACAGAGGAGUCUGCCCCGAAGAAGAAACCCAAGCCGGAGCCGUGGCAACUGCAGAAAGCAGCCCUGCAGAAAAAGUUCAAGGAGGGGUGGAACCCGCCCAAGAAAAUAUCUCCAGAUAACAUGGACAUGAUACGCCAUCUCCAUUCAACCAAACCCGAGGAAUGGACAACACCGGCCCUUUCGGACGCCUUCAAGGUAUCGCCAGAAGCCAUCCGACGCAUCCUUCGAAGCAAGUGGCAGCCAACAGAAAAUGGGAGGAAAGAACGCCAGGAGCGAUGGGAGAGACGCCAUGAGAGAAUAUGGGCCCAAAUGGCCGAACUGGGUCUGCGUAAACCGAUGCCAUCGGUCAAUCAGUACUCUGAUCUCACUGCGUUGGGGAUGCCAGCGCCGAAGCCAGAUGGUCUGCGCCGGCGCCGGCGCCGGUCUCAGCCUCAGCCUCAGCCUUUGAAAUAG